AUGUGGACAUGGAACGCACGGCAGCCCGCAGCACACGACAGCCAGUGUGCGCAAUGCAAAUGGCACAAGAAAAAAAAUAACCCCUCGGUCGCCAAACCAGCAGUCGUAGCACCAGCGUCAUCAGCAGUCAAGUGUUGGGAAACUGGCAGUGGGCCAAGCCAUCAGAACAACUCAUCGCACGGCUCCGCAGCCCCUUGUUGA